GUAUCUGAUCGUUAAAUGCCUUCUUAGAAAGUAAUGAGUUCAUCAGUUCAUCGAACGACGUUAAGAAAGCAAGAUGUUUAAAAUGUCAAUGCGAAUGAUGAUUGUUAUGACCAUUUUUUCUAUUCUAACUCGCGAAGUUCAGUGGAUGGAAGCAGCAAUCCUUCCAACAAAUAACCUCAGCAAAAGAAGUCCAUCACCUGCCGUUGAAAAUGUUUCAUUAAACCAAGAAAGCAAAACGUUUGACGGGGAUUUAAAAGAAACUGAAGAUUAUUCAAACUCAGAAAGAGAAGACGACGAAACUAAUGAAAAAGAUUCUAAUGAAAAAUUUGAAGAUUUUCCAAACUCGAAAACAGAAGAAGACGAAACCACUGUAGGGGGUUCUAAAGAAAAACUGGAAAAUUCAGAAACAGAAGAAGACGGACCUACUGGAGGGGAUUCUAAAGAAAAACUGGAAGAUACUGCAAUCUCAGAAUCAGAAGAGGACGAACAUAGUGAUAAGGAUUGUGGAGAAAAACUGGAAGAUCCCCCAAAUUCAGAAGACGACGAAACUACUGAAGGCGAUUCGGAAAAAGACGAACCUUCUGACGGGGAUUCUCCAAACUCAGAAACAGAAGACGACAAACCUACUGAUUCGGAAGUAGAAUUGAAAGAUUCAUCCAACGCAGAAAAAGAAGACGAACCAAUUGAAGAAGAAUUGGAAGAGGAAUUGAAAGAUUCUCCAAACUCAGAAAAUGGAGAAGACGAACCUAUUGAAGAGGAUUCCGAAGAAGAAUUGGAAGAAGAAUUGGAGGAUUCGCCAAACUCAGAAAAAGAAGAAGACGAACCAACUGAAGAAGAAUUGGAAGAAGAAUUGGAAGAUUCACCAAACUCAGAAAAUGAACCAACUGAAGAAGAAUUUGAAGAAGAAUUGGAAGAUUCUCCGAACUCAGAAACAGAGGAAUCUACCAGUAAGAGAUCAAAGAUCCAAAUCAAACAGAAAGAGGAUUCUAGAAAAGAAUUGGAAGACCCAAAGUCAGAAACGGAGGAAGACGAACCAUCUGGUCAGUAGUUUGACAGGUUUAAUUUUACCUAAACAAUUACCGAU